AGUUAUCAACAAUAAAGAUGAAGAAAUAGAAUUAUUUUCUUCUAUUGAGUGUAAGGGUAUAAUUGGUAAUGAUCAACGUCACUAUAUUCUAGAUUUAUUACGAACAUUUCCUCCAGAUGCCAACUACCUUAGAGUGAAAGGUGAAGAAUUGAGUAAAGAAAUGAAAGAACAUGGUUACCCUAAAAAACAUCCACAUAAAUUAGCUUGUCUACGUCAAGAAUUAGUGGAUGCUUUUGUAGAGAACAGAUAUUUAGCCUUCGUCCGUCACGCAGCCUUCCAGUUUCAACAAUUACAGUUGACUAAACAGAAUCCUAGUAAAUUAUUAAAUAAAGAUAUCAAACCUGUAGAAAAAGAUAUCAACUCCAAUGAUAAUAAGGCAACUGAAGACAAGAUUCCAGAUGGUGUAGAGAAUGGUAUAAAAGAGAAAAUAAUUGGUAAUGAUAAUAAAGAUACACAAGAAGAAAUUGUUACUGAAGAAGCUAAAAAAAUAGUUGAAACAUUAACUGGUUCUGAUAGUGCUACUUGUAAGUCACCAAGAUUCUUAGAUUAG